AUGCAGUAUGACCUUGAAGGUGAGCUGGAGAGAAGAGCAGAAUAUGACUACCUUCGAACUAUAAGGGCAGUCAUAUAUGGGGGUCUUGUGUUUGCUCCAAUUGGAAACAAGCUAUACAAGUUCAUGGAUACCAUAAAGUUCCCGCUCUCAUGGCAGCCAAAAAGACUAUACGAUACCAUGGCAAGAGUUUCGUUUGAUCAAUUAGUUUGGGCCCCAGUUGGUAUUCCACUUUAUUACACUUCUAUUACUUUCAUGGAGGGAUACGGAAUCCCCGAAAUCAAGGCUAAAUUACGCGAAGUUUACCUUGAUACGCUAAUCAAUAAUUGGAAAGUCUGGCCUCUCUUUCAGGCAUUCAACUUUUGGUUCACCCCCGUUAGAUACCGUUUGUUGGCGGUCAACAUCAUUAGCAUAGUAUGGAAUUGCUAUCUCAGCAUCAAGAACCAACUGUCCAACGCCAAGGUAGAGCACAGUGAAGAUUGA